UUUCCCUCUCAGCCACAAAGUGCCCAAAAGCACCGAUCCGUUCCGAUCCCCGACCAAGCCGAGCCGAGCCACGGCGCAUCCCCCGCCUCCACCACAGCUCAGCCACCACCUCCACCACCACCACCACCCCACCCUCGCCUCGCCGUCUCCGACCGCCGUUCUGUGGCAAUGGAGCCGUAACCAACCUCAGUGUGCUUAAACUGAGCCGAGCGUGUGAAACAGCGGCGGAGACGAGGAGACAGCUGAGACCAAGCGGCUAUGGAGGAGAAGCGCAGGGAGGCUGGAGUCUAGACUGCACGCAAACCAACAAACCCGGAUUACUUUUUGCAACAUUUUUUGAACUCUAUUACCACCAUUAAAGCAAAGGAUUCCCCUUUUUUCCCGCCUGAUAAUCUUACUCUAUCAUUGCACGGUGAGGAUGCAGGGGAAGGAGACGAGCUUUUGCACGGGAUGCUGGAGACUAACGCUGCUGUCGUGCGUCCUGGCGCUGCACUUGAUCCCGCUGUCUGUGCACGGAAAUGUGGGGACCAAUGCCACUGAGCCGGACAGUGCAGCCAAUGUCACCUCCCUGCUUAAUGAGGAGGAGGGGCCUGUCAAGCUCAAUGAGGUCAUCGUUGCCGUAACCGGGAUGAGCAGCUCAGCCAGUCCAGACACUGUGACCCCGAGGGCGGGCCGGAUCCCCCGCGCCGGCGAGGAGGACGAGCAGGCCAGCGGCAUGUUCGGCGAAUCGAUUCGCGAAUCGAUUCGUGAAUCGGUGGAGGAAGUGGGCGUGGCCGCCCCGCCCCAGCUCAGCCCCGACUCCGCUGAGACGGAGGACCUGCUGCCGAGCAGCCCGCAGGGACAGGAUGUCAUGGAGAGCGAGGAGGAGGAGGAAGAGGAGCGCCUGCCACACACCGACCCGCCUUGGAUUCACGCCAAGGACACGGCCGUGUUCGACCUGGAUCACCUCUUCACCACCACCACCGCCCAGCCCUCAGCCCCCACCAACCCCUCUAAUCCCGACGUCCUCCACGUGGACUUCUUUGACCCCUCCUCUCGUGGUCGUGGCCUCGACCUCGCCCCGGCUUCUCCUUCAUCACUGGCCCAUGAGCUGCAGGGGGGCGACCCCACCUCCUGGGCGAUGCCGGACAACUACGACUACCUCACACCCUACGAGGAUGGCGUGUCCCCAACUGCCGACGAGUACACCUACAGCACCACGACCGACGCCUACGAGAGCGACGAAGACCUCCGGCUGUCCACCGGGUCCCGCUCCAAGCCCCGGGCCCCAGGGUCUGGCUCCUUCAUCCCCGGGGCUGCGCUUCCUGGCGCAGGAGUCCCGGUACCAAACGUCCCUGCUGCUCCUCCAGCGGCCGCCCCAGUGGACGGGUCGGACGGGAUGGGCGGAUGCCGUGUGGGUUUCCAGAUGGUGAACGGAAGUUGCCGCUCGCCCUGCGACAUGCUGCCCAACUACUGCUUCAACGGGGGACAGUGCUACCUGAUGGAGGGCAUGGGAGUCUUCUGCAGAUGUAACGUCCAGGAUUACAUCUGGCACAAGGGUGCUCGCUGCGAGUCGGUGGUGACCGAGUUCCAGGUGAUGUGUCUGGCCGUGGGCGCCUCGGCUCUGGUGGUCCUGCUGCUCUUCAUGAUCAUCGUCUGCUUCGCCAAGAAGCUCCACGUGCUCAAGACGGAGAACAAGAAGUUACGCAAGCGCAGCAGUAAGUACCGGCCUUCAUCGGAGCAGCACAAUGAUAAUUUCUCGCUGUCCACCAUCGCUGAGGGCUCCCACCCAAAUAAAACCAUGAGCAGAUACACCUGGGAGUGUAAGACCAAAGAGGAGUCCGACUGUGAGUUUCACGCUGACGGGAGGACAGAGGGCCCCUAUCCCGUAACCAUGGAAGUGACGUAUCCACACGUCCUGCCUGAAGUUACUAUCUAGGCCAGCAGCCAGCGGGUAAAUGCUCUCACUGCUCUUCCUUUCUAAAAGUGCCAUUGAAUUCAAACGCAAACAUUCAAUUAGGGUGUGUUUGUCAAUGGUCCAGGCCUCAGGGUCUGGAGUUUGAUGUGUGUGUGUGUGUGUG